AUGCCCAACACAAAUGCCCUCGAGGCCAUGCUCGCCGCCCGCGCCGGGCCGCCGGCCGCGCCGCCGGCCGAAGAAGCCAAAGAACCCGACGACAAGCACGCGGCACUAAGUAACCUCUUCGCCGGCCGCGCGGCCGCCGCCGCGAAGCCGGCCGCGCCGGCCGCGCCGAAAAAGACGAGCGCCCUCGAGGCCAUGCUGGCGAAGCGGGCUGGGCCGACGGCCCCCUCGCUCUCGAUCUCCUUCUCCGGCGACGAAGCUGUGGAUCAGAUCCAAUUCGACUACGAGGACGCGCCUCCACCACCGGCGAUGACGCCGCCGCGGACACCCCCGCGGACACCACCUAGAACGCCGCGCACGCCCGGCCGGCCGCCGCUCUCUCCAGUACCAACGUCGCCGUCCGAGUUCUCGCGGCGGCGGCGGCGCUCGUCCGCGGCGUUCGACGACGUCCACACGCCUCUGUCCGUCGCGGCGGAGCGGCGCCGCUCGCGCCUCAGCGAGGACGGCCGCGCGAGUGUCGAUAGCGCGGACACACCCGACAGCCUCCCGAGCCCGCCCGCCUCGGAGCUGUCGGAGCCGGACUUCUCCUGCGAGCUCGAGGAGGAGGUCGAGGCGGGCGACGCGAGAGUGUUCCUGGAGUUCGCUCAGGAUCCGCUGCCGCGGCGGCUGGGCGGCGCGCCGUACGCGCCCGGGCCGCUCAUGGCGGCGCUGAACGAGGCCGACGACCGCACGGAACUCCUCCUGGCGCGCCUCGCCGAUGGGACCAUAACGGAGGCCGACGCGCCCGAUGCACCUCGUUUGCCAUUGGAGCGGCCCGCGCUCCAAGCUGCGAAGGCGCUCGUGCCGGUGCACGGGUGCUGCCAGCUCUGCGAGCGGGCCGCCGCCGCGGCCGCGGCGGCGCGCGCCGCCGCCGCGGAAGCCGCGGCGGCGCCCGACUUUGAAACUGCGGAAAAGGCGCACGACGCGUUGCGGGCCGCGGACUACUUCCACGGCGAGUUUCGGAGGCGGCGCGGUUUGCUCGACGCGACGUUCGUGGAGCGCGUCUGUGCUCUGUUGAAGGCGGACGACUUCGCGCGGGCCCUCGACGACCAGCGGCUGGGUUUAUUUGCCCGCGUGAUGGGUCGCUCGAGCGCGCUCCCGGCCGCGGCGGCCGCCGCGGCCGAGGCGACGUCUCGGCGCGCCGCCUUGUGCCGGGGCCUGGCGGCGACGAUCGACGGGGACCUGGCCGCGGCGCACCACGACGCAGAUUUACCAAGCGUCGUCGAGGAACUGCCCUUCGACCGCCAGGAGGCCCUCGCCUGGCGCGCCGAGAUCAAGGAACAGCAAAAGGAGAACCUGCGCGAGAUCCAGAGGAUGUGCGGCAUGGACCGGCCGCCGCGCGCGGCGGAGACGUGGAUGCUGCUUUCCACGGCGCUCCGGAAGGAGCCGCCCGCGAAGCCGCCGCGGCCCUGGGGCGGGUUCAAGGACGAUGACGCCGACGACGACGAGUCGCAGACGAGUAGUACGCUCCCGGAGCAGCCGACGGCGGCGCUCGCGAGCGACGUGGCAAAACUCGCGCGCGAGCGGGCCCUGCGGAAUCCAGGGCUCUUCUCGGCCGACGGACUCUUCGCCCCGACAGAGGAGCCCGACUUUGAAUUCGACGGCGAUGACGGCUUCGCCGACGGUGCGCCGCUGCCCGACUUCGACGAAGACGAUGGCGAAGGCGAACUGGACGAGCUCACCUCGGCCGACUUCGGCGAGGACCCCUAUCUGCACGUAGACACAUGA